AAUUAAGCAAACUCCGAUUGUUCGAUGCGACAUCGAAUCAGGGAUCUUCGUUAAUUCUUGCCGAACGAUCGAACACGUCGUAUCGAUCCUCUAAUCAACAAAUUUCGAUUUAAAAAAAACAGUUCACGCGGUUCGAAUAAAAAAUGGCGGAGGUGGCGAUUGAUAUGCCAGGGAACAAGGAGGAACCGAAGACUUCCGAAACGGAAGGAAACGAAUCGACGACGGAAGAGUGUCGAAUCGAAAUUCAGGAAGGGGUAUCCAACACUGCUGAAUCGGCAUAUUCUAAUGGUAAAAUGGUAACAGACUAUGCAAGUCUUGUUGAACGAACACGGAACACUUUUUUUACUGGCAAAACAAGGCCAUUAGAAUGGAGAAAAAAACAAUUAAAACAAUCACUCCUUAUGUUAGAAGAAUGCAAAUCAGAAAUUAUAUCAGCCCUUGCAUCCGAUUUACAUAGGUGUAAAUUUGAGAGUAUAGCUAUGGAAAUCCAAAUUAUAGAAGGAGAAAUCAAAGAUAUGCUUAUGCAUAUCAAGGAAUGGUCUGCUGAUGAAAAACCUCCAAAAGCAAUGGUCAAUAUGUUAGAUAAAGUUGAAAUUCGAAAAGAUCCAUACGGAAUAGUUCUUGUUAUAGGGCCAUGGAAUUACCCCUUACAGUUAUGUUUAAUUCCUGUAAUUGGUGCAAUAGCUGCUGGAAAUUGUGUUAUCCUUAAGCCGUCAGAACUAUCUCUUGCUACAUCACAACUUCUUGCAAAAAUUCUUCCACGAUAUUUAGAUUCAGAAUGUGUUCAUGUAGUGUUAGGAGGUGUUCCUGAAACGACAGAGUUACUUAAACAAAAGUUUGAUUACAUAUUUUAUACGGGUUCGACAUCGGUUGGAAAAAUCAUCCGUGAAGCAGCUAAUAAAUUUUUAACACCUGUUACACUAGAACUGGGUGGAAAAAGUCCCGUGUACAUAGAUAAUACAGCAGAUAUAAGUAUAGCUGUAAAAAGAAUACUUUGGGGAAAAUGUAUUAAUGUUGGCCAAACAUGCAUUGCACCGGACUACAUAAUUUGCACACCUGAAGUACAAAACAAAUUUAUACCAGAGGCAGAAAAGGUCUUGAAAGAAUGGUAUGGUGAAAAUCCUAAAGAGAGUCCAGACUUAGCGCGUAUAAUUAGCGACAAUCAUUAUCAACGUCUCGUAAAAUAUUUAAGUGGAAACGGUAAAGUAGCUAUAGGAGGUAACUGUGACCCUGUUGAUAAGUAUAUCUCACCAACCAUACUCAUUGAUGUGAAGCCUACAGAUCCUGUAAUGCAAGAUGAAAUAUUUGGUCCGAUAUUACCUUUUGUAACAGUGAACAAUGCUUAUGAAGCAAUUAAAUUUAUCAAUAGCCGGGAGAAGCCACUAGCAUUGUACAUAUUUAGCAGUGAUGAGAGUACUAUAUCACUGUUUCUUGAAAAUACAAGCAGUGGUGAUGUUUGUGUAAAUGAUGUAAUGAUGCAUGCAGCAGUUGAUACUCUACCAUUUGGUGGAGUUGGAUAUUCUGGUAUGGGAUGUUACCAUGGAAAGUACACUUUCGACACGUUUGUGCACAAAAAAGGCUGCCUUAUUAAAGACUACAACAAAUUAGUUGAAUCAAUAGCAUCGUGUCGUUAUCCGCCAUAUUCCGAUAAGAAAUUAUCUUUCUUAUCACUUAUGAUAGCAAAACGACCCGAUAUACCAGGAAUUAAAUACAUUCCUCAUCUUCUAGCAUUUGGUUUUGGAAUUCUCGUUGCCGUUGGUGUUUCAGCUGCUUUAAAGGUUCAAGAGGAAAACUACUAAUGGAAUUCUCGCAACAUUUGUUACAGAGAUUCGUUAUUUAUUAGUAUUAAGAAUAAUAUCUAUGUACAAUUUUUAUAACUAGUUAUUUGUUGUUAUGGUACUUUUAUAAAAAUGUACUAUAAUUUUGUUUUCUACUUUAAUGUAAGAUAUUUUACUAAACAAACAAUUAUUUUAUGACGCAUGUUGCUACUGGAACAUCGAUUACCCGAACAGUUAAAGAAAACCAUUUCAUUGUUCUAGAUAUGUAUUCAAUUUCAACUGAAACAAUCGAAUAGUUCAAUAUUUCAUGAAA